ACCAAAACUGCGUCCGGCGCGCGAGCGCGUUUUAAAGACUUGGUCGUCGGCGUAUGUACGCCCCUACCAUCAUAUCGCUCGUAUCCACCCCAACCAAAAGUCUGCACUCGUGACUCGCAUUGCUCGUCUUGACCAACCUUUCAGCAAGGUGCUGUGCUUCUACUUGCCAAAUCUGGGGUGGAUCUAGACUCGCGGCGUGGUGUGGUCAGGUUGAGCAUACCACUCCCGGAUUGGAGCCAGGAGCGAAAAAGGGAACGAUCGCAGUGCCGGUGCUUGCAGACGUGGAUCUGUCGACUUGGCAACUACCAAGCUCGAGCGAAUCGUGGCGCCGCAGCACCAUACUCUACGCCCCAAAGCUUGCCGAGACUUGACAAAAUCCCAUUUCAAGUCCCUCACGUAUCAGCACCCACACCCGUCGGCCCUUCGAAACGCUGAUAUGGCUCGCAAGCGGGCAUCAUCGAACCGGAGGCGGUCUUCGAGCAGCAAGCCAGCUGUUGCCGAAGAAGCCGCAAACCCCUCUGCCAAUGGCCCUGCAAAGGCUGGCGCUUUGGCAGAUCACAAGCAGUUGGAGCUGCUAGAUGAGAAAGAAGCUUCGACAGGGCUUGGAGCGGAGGAUCAAAAGGCGUUUGCGGUGCUAGUGGUGCUUUACUUUCUUCAGGGUAUACCGGCUGGUCUCGCUUUCGGCACUAUGCCGUUCCUGCUCAAGGCACGGCUAAGCUAUUCAGACGUUGGCAUAUUCAUGCUGUGCACCUAUCCGUAUUCUUUGAAGUUUUUCUGGUGCCCCAUAGUGGACAGCUGGUUCGUUCGAUCCCUACGGACACCCUUGGGAACGUUGUCCCUCGGAAGGCGAAAAAGCUGGAUCGUACCCAUUCAGCUCAUCGUAGGCGUCAUGCUUUGGCUUUUGGCAGAUAAUGUGGAUGCGCUCCUAAACGCGUCUCGGCCUAAUGUCUGGCUCAUCACUGGCCUCUUCUUUGCGCUCGUCUUCUUCGUCGCAACGCAAGACAUUGCUGUUGAUGGUUGGGCCUUGACAUUGCUCUCGGAGGAAAAUUUGAGCUACGCCAGCACUGCUCAAACUGUAGGCUUGAAUACAGGCUACUUUCUCAGCUUUACGGUGUUCUUGGCAUUCAACAGCAUUGAGUUCAGCAACAAGUACUUCAGAGCGACGCCCCUUGAAUAUCCUUUGCUCUCGCUUCACGCAUACCUCAAGGCGUCCAGCGUUGCCUUUAUUGUUGUCACCACCUGGCUGCUUUUGUUCUACGAGGAAGAUCCAGAAAAUAGAGAUGUGGCAGAGAUGGACACGAUGGACGUAUAUUCUCAGAUUUCCAAGAUCUGCAAAUUGAAACAUGUACAACUCUUCUUGGUCUUGCACAUGGUUUCCAAGAUCGGAUUUCAAGCCAACGAUGCUGUGACGCAGCUCAAGCUAGUGGAGAAAGGUUUGGGAAAAGAAGACUUGGCCCUUGCCGUGCUUAUCGACUUUCCCUUCCAAAUGAUCCUUGGCUACCUGGCUGCCAAGUGGAGCAAAGGUUCUCAACCACUGAAACCGUGGAUAUGGGGAUACGUUGCUCGUAUCGUGUAUGCGGUGGUAGCCAUUGGACUGGUAAUAGGUGUCCCAACUUCGCCCAUCGGCCUGCCAUACUUUAUCCUUAUCCUCACUUCCACCGUGCUCGGAUCUUUCGCCAAUACGGUUCAAUUCGUGGGCAUAUCGGCUUACCACACCCAGAUCGCUGAUCCACUGAUUGGUGGAACCUACAUGACCCUCUUCAACACCUUUUCCAACCUGGGAGGAACGUGGCCCAAGUACUUUGUCCUCAAAGCCGUCGAUUGGUUCACUAUUUCGCACUGCGCUUCGCCAGGCGUGGCUGGCAAGAUCGAAGAUUUGGCUCAGGCGGCCAGCAAGCUGGUAGGAAGCGCGUCGAGCGGCAUACUGGAAGAAUGCACGUCGGACGAGGGUAAGGCAAAGUGCCUGGCUGGAGGAGGAGAGUGCGUGAUCGAGAGGGACGGGUAUUACAUCACUUCUGCACUGUGCAUAGGCGCUGGAGCGGCCCUCUUUUUGCUCUUCAUUCUGCCCACUGCUAGAAAGCUGGAAGCUCUUCCAGCUUCAGCUUGGAGGGUCACGAGCGGCAAAACGGCCAAGGCAGCUUGAAAGGCCGUCUAGCGAGCCGUCGCUCCCCUUCGGCUCCCAUUAAGCCAGCUUUGCAUAACCAUAAUUUACCCGCUUGAAGCAGACUCCGUGCGACACAUAUGAAAAACAGCGUCACCAAUCGCAAUUUGCAAUCUG